CGAACGUUUGGAGCAGUUUGUUUUGAUGUCAAUCGUAUGGUAUUUAGAUACACAUCAUAAAGAUAAAAAAUGUUACCUCUAUCGUUAUUAAGAACAGCACAGAACCAUCCUAUGCUUGUAGAACUCAAAAACGGAGAAACAUAUAAUGGACACUUGGUUAGCUGUGAUAGUUGGAUGAAUAUAAAUCUCAGAGAGGUUAUAUGUACAUCUAGGGAUGGUGAUAAAUUUUGGAGAAUGCCGGAAUGUUAUAUUCGAGGUAGUACAAUUAAGUAUUUACGGAUUCCUGACGAGGUUAUAGAUAUGGUAAAAGAGGAUGUACAAAUGAAAUCCAGAGGACGUGGAGAAAUGAAAGGAAGAGGACAGAGUCAAAGAGGUCGUGGCAGUGGAAGAGGUACUUUUGGUCGUGGUGGACGUGGCCCUACAGCCCUUGGUCGUGGUGGGGGCAAUCAAGGGGGAAACAAAUCUCAAAAUAAAGCAAGAACCAAAUAA